UAACGGUUCAUCACGGCCUUUCGAUCUAGGGCCAAGUUUACUACUCGCCGGCGAUUUAGUGGAAAUGGGAAGAGACCACGACGGCUCUCCGCCGGCGAAUACGGAACGCGACGUGGAGGAUAGAGGCUAUAGGGAAAAAUCAUCCCGGGAGAAACCGAGCGGUGCUGGAAAGGAUUCAGGGGAAGAGAAAGAUGUGAGUCGCCGCCGUGAAUCGAAGAGGAGAACAAAAGAUGGCAAAGGUUCCGGUUCUGAAUCUGGUUUGGAAAGUGGUAGCGAGUCUGAAUCGGAUAAGGAAGAGAGACGUAGAAGUAGAAAAGAUAGAGGGAAGAGGAAAUCAGAUCGGAAAUCUAGGAGAAGACGGCGUGAUUAUUCGAGUAGUAGUUCGGAUUCGGAAUCAGAAUCAGAAUCGGAUUAUUCGUCGGAGUAUUCUGACUCUGAGGAGAGUGAGAGUGAAGAUGAGAGAAGGAGGAGGAAGAGGAAGAGAAGAGAAAGGGAAGAGAGAGAGAGGAAGAGAAGGAGAAGAGAGAAAGACAAGAAGAAGAGGAAGAAGUCUGAUAAAGAUGGAGAUAGGAAGAAGAAGGAUAAGAAGAAGAAGAAGAAGAAGUCUGAGAAAGUGAAGAAAGGAGCUGUCACUGAAUCAUGGGGGAAGUAUGGAAUCAUCAGAGAAACUGAUAUGUGGAAUAAACGACCAGAGUUCACGGCAUGGUUGCUUGAAGUAAAAGAGGUUAACUUGGAAAGCUUGCCACCUUGGGAAGAGAAGAAAAUGUUUAAAGAUUUUAUGGAAGAUCACAACACUGGUACAUUUACCUCGAAAAAAUACUAUGACAUUGAUGGGUACUACAGACAAAAGUUGGAAAAAGAGAUGAAAAAGGGAUUAAAGAAAGCAGGGAUUAGUGAGCGUACUGUGUUCAAUGAUGAGGAACAACGCAGGCUAGAAAUGCAGGAAUUACGCGAAAAGCAGAAGGAAGAAGAAGUUUUAGCUCUAAAGCGAUCAAUGGAAGGCGGAAUGGCACAAGCCAUGAAAGAGCAAGCUCGCCUGAAGGAAGAAAUGGUGUACUUAUACAAGAUAGGGGACAUGGAGGGUGCAGCAGCUAUACAGAGAAGGUUGGAUCCAGAUGUUCCUAUGUGAUGUGGAGGUUUUGGUUAACCUUGACAUCAUAUUCUCUUACCGGCCCCUAAAUUGUGUUCCAAGAUUCGAACUUUUGUAACAUAACGAUAAAAAGUACCUAAGUUUUUAUCUCCUAGAAUCCCUAAAUCAUGAUACUAUUUUGUAUUUUUAUAUUUUUUGUAUUCGAAUAGUUUCAUCCCAUGAGCGGAACUAAAUGCAUCUAUUCCUUCUAAUA